GCUCCGCCGGGCUCUCUAGGACGCCGGCGCCCCGCACACCCACCAUGGAUCUGCUGCUGUUGGUGAACGCGAGCCUGGGCUCCGCCAACGAGUCCCUGGCGCUGCCCCCCGCCUCGCCGUCCUCCUCGGCCCUCCUGCAGCCGCCCUCCCCCUACUCGCCGGCGGCGGGGGCCAGCCUCGCGGCGGUGGUGGGCUUCCUCAUCGUCUUCACCAUCGUGGGCAACGUGCUGGUGGUGAUAGCCGUGCUCACCAGCCGGGCGCUGAGAGCCCCCCAGAACCUCUUCCUGGUGUCCCUGGCCAGCGCGGACAUCCUGGUGGCUACCCUGGUCAUGCCUUUCUCCUUAGCCAACGAGCUUAUGAAUUACUGGUACUUCGGCAAGGCUUGGUGCAACAUUUACCUGGCGCUGGACGUGCUGUUCUGUACCUCGUCCAUCGUUCACCUGUGCGCCAUCAGCCUCGACAGGUACUGGUCAGUCACACAGGCGGUGGAGUACAACCUCAAGCGGACCCCGCGGCGGAUCAAGGCCAUCAUCCUCACCGUGUGGCUCAUUUCAGCCAUCAUCUCCUUCCCGCCAUUGAUCUCCGUGUACCGGGACCCUGAAGGAGAUGUCUUUCCCCAGUGCAAGCUCAAUGACGAGACAUGGUACAUCCUUUCUUCUUGCAUUGGCUCUUUCUUUGCCCCCUGCCUCAUCAUGGUGUUGGUCUAUAUCCGCAUCUACCGUGUGGCCAAGCUAAGGACCAGGACCCUCUCUGAGAAGCGGACGAUGCCAGAGGGGUCCUCCCAGACUGAGAACGGCUUGAGCCGCGCCGCUGGCGGCUGCACAUCCCUGAGGAUGCAGCUGGGAGAGAACGGACAUUAUUCAGCGCACCACUGGCGCAAAGCCUCUGAGCUGGAGGACAUUGAGCUGGAGGAGAGCAGCACCUCAGAGAGCAGGCGGAGGCGGAGCCGGGAGGAGCAUCGCCGCAAGAGCAAGAGCCAGUCCUUCUCCUACUCGUACUCCUCCAAGCACUCCAGUAGCCGCCUGUCCCGUGCGAGCAAUCGCUCCAUGCAGUUCUUCUCGUAUCGCCGUCGCCGGAAGCGUAGCAGCAUCUGCCGUAAGAAAGUUGCCCAGGCCCGGGAGAAACGCUUCACUUUUGUGCUGGCUGUGGUCAUGGGGGUCUUUGUAGUUUGCUGGUUCCCUUUUUUCUUCACCUACAGCCUCUAUGGUAUUUGCCGGGAGGCAUGUGAGGUCCCCGAGACUCUCUUCAAGUUCUUCUUCUGGAUUGGGUAUUGCAAUAGCUCCCUCAACCCAGUCAUCUACACCAUCUUCAACCAGGACUUCCGCAGGUCCUUUAAACACAUUCUUUUUAAGAAGAAGAAGAAGAACUUCCGGCAUUGAGCUGGAGGGAUGGAUUUGCCUUGAGCAGGAGUAGAGUUAAAAGAGAAGGCUCGAUGCUGGAAGAGAAGGGAGGGAAGAGAACACGGGGUUUGGGCUUAGGGAGCAGGAGGAGGGCUCACCCCUCGGGCAGCAGAGUGAUGCUGUGGGGAGCAGGGAUGGUGUCGGGAGGCUGAGGGCACUCACCAUGGUGCAGAAUGGUGACAUGGUGCUGUGGGGAGCAGGGAUGGUGUCAGGGGGCUGAGGGCACUCACCGUGGUGCAGAAUGGUGACAUGGUGCUGUGGGGAGCAGGGAUGGUGUCAGGGGGCUGAGGGCACUCACCGUGGUGCAGAAUGGUGACAUGGUGCUGUGGGGAGCAGGGAUGGUGUUGGGAGGCUGAGGGCACUCACCGUGGUGCAGAAUGGUGACAUGGUGCUGUGGGGAGCAGGGAUGGUGUCAGGGGGCUGAGGGCACUCACCGUGGUGCAGAAUGGUGACAUGGUGCUGUGGGGAGCAGGGAUGGUGUCAGGGGGCUGAGGGCACUCACCGUGGUGCAGAAUGGUGACAUGGUGCUGUGGGGAGCAGGGAUGGUGUCAGGGGGCUGAGGGCACUCACCGUGGUGCAGAAUGGUGACAUGGUGCUGUGGGGAGCAGGGAUGGUGUCAGGGGGCUGAGGGCACUCACCGUGGUGCAGAAUGGUGACAUGGUGCUGUGGGGAGCAGGGAUGGUGUCAGGGGGCUGAGGGCACUCACCGUGGUGCAGAAUGGUGACAUGGUGCUGUGGGGAGCAGGGAUGGUGUCAGGGGGCUGAGGGCACUCACCGUGGUGCAGAAUGGUGACAUGGUGCUGUGGGGAGCAGGGAUGGUGUCAGGGGGCUGAGGGCACUCACCGUGGUGCAGAAUGGUGACAUGGUGCUGUGGGGAGCAGGGAUGGAGUGUGGAGAGGUAAAGGGGCAGGAUGUGACUGUCUUUGAAUCCCAACAGAGGGCACGGGGAGCCCACAGAUGAAAGGCUGAGGCAGUGAGCUUUCAUGGGCUCUUGAAUUUUGUGGGAAAACAAAAAAAGACAUCAAAAGGAAAGGGUUAAGUGGCAGUGGUGGUGGAGAUUUGAGUACUUAUAAACAGGGCAGCUGGGGCCUAUGGUGGAUUUGUCCCAGUAAGAAAUUGGCUUUUACUGCUUAUGUGGGAAAGGAGAAUUCAAAGUACCAGGCACUGACAGUGUUUUGAGUUAUGAAAGGAUUUUAAUGUUUGCCAAAAAACCCCUAAAGAACAAUCCAAACUCUUUUAUAAAUAAACCUUUGUACUGUUAAAGCCUUCUGAAUCAUGAUUUUGCACAAGGGAUGAAGUCAAACAAA